AUAGUUAUUGACCAAGCAAGUCGGUAUAUGGGAUUUAAUUUGCACAGCUCGAGUGACCCUGUUUAACCCGAACGACGAAGGAGUUCGGGUUAUUGGGUCAUCUCGUGCUGUGCAAAUUAAAACAUAUACCGAUUUGAUUGGCCAAUAACUGUUUUAACACAUGACGUCAACGACGUCAACAAUUUUCCCGCAUAAAUCACAUUCGCCCAACAAGACGUUGCAAUGGAUGGAUUUCAUCAUGAAUUAUCGGAGGAUGAUAUGAUCUUAUCACAAGUAUUAGAAACAUUGGAGGAUGAAAUGGAACUGAGAAAUGUAAAUAUAGAGGACUUUUUUGGAGAGUUUCCUAGUAAUGUGAUGGAUGAGAAUGCAUCUGGAGAUUUUAUCAACACCUCAGCUGUUUCAUUUGACCUAGGACUAGACUUAGAUCUAUGGUUGCAAGUUCCUUCGGAAAACGGAAAGAUCAAAAAUGUCAAGGAUGAAGAACCUAAAGAUCAGGAACUAGGAGUCGAAUCAAGGUUUGCAGAAAUGACAGACAAUGAAAUUGAUACACUUAUUGAAGAUGCUGAGAACAAAAACACAAAGAAAGCCACAAAAUGGGCAGUUAAUGUCUAUGAAGACUGGAAGAAUUCUAAAAUUGGUAGUGGUUUAAUUAUACCAAACCUGAAGGAUUUGUCUGUUCAAGAUAUUAACAGCUUUUUAGGAAAAUUUGUAGUAGAAGUUCGAAAAAAGAAUGGAGAGAAAUAUCCAGCGAAAACACUUUAUCUUCUUGUAACUGGACUUCUAAGAGGAAUGCGGUCACAAGGUGUUUCUAAUCUUAACUUUUUGAACGAGUCUGAUGACAGAUUUCUGAGGUUUAGACAAAUACUUGACGCACAGAUGAAAAAAUUAACAUCAGAUGGGUAUGGUAUAAAUGUUAAACAAGCAGAUCCAAUUUCAGUUGAACAGGAAGAAAUUUUGUGGGACAAGUCUGUGUUUGGUAAUCAUUCAUCCGAAAGUUUAUUGCAUACUGUUUUUUUCUACAACUGUAAAUAUUUUGGUCUACGUGGUCGUGACGAGCACCGUAAUCUGCAAAUUUCACAAAUACAGUUAGGAGAAGAUGAUAACGGAAACUAUAUAGAAUUCCGGGGUAAGGAUAAUAAAACGUAUAACGGAGGGCUACGCCAUCGCUAUAUUGCACCAAAAUCUGUCAGACAAUAUUUAGAGAAGGAUUGUCAGACCCUUCAAUCGUAUCAGAUUUAUAUGAAUGCAAUAUACGAAAUUGAUAAAUCUGUUAGCAGUCCUUUUUAUCGAAGACCUGUUUUAUCAGAUGGUUCUGUUAAGUUUGACCACAUACUGGGCGCUAAUAGAUUAGGGUCACUCAUGAAGACAAUAUGCCAAAAGGGAGAAUUAAAGGGGAAUUUUAGUAACCACUCUGGGAAAAGAACACUUGCAACUAGAUUGUACCAAGCAGGAGUCAGUGAGCAGAUGAUAAUGGAUAGAACAGGUCACAGGAGUGAAAAGGCUGUUCGUACCUACAAAAGACCUGCGGAUUCUAUGCUAAAAGAUGUCUCUAACAUUUUGAAUCCAUCUAAUAAGCAGAUAAAACUUGAGGAUCCCAAACCAUUAACCGAUACUCGUGCAAUCCUUCCUGCACAAGUUGAUAUUGAAAAUACAGAAAAUGCAUUUAAUGUUUCAAAACCAGAAGGAAAAUAUCGAGGACUGCCAAGUAACAGCUCUUUUCAAAACUGUGUGUUCAAUUUUGUUACGAAGAUGUGAACCUCACAGAUUUUUUUUUCAAUGUUUAACACUGAAUUGUUAAUUUAAGUUGUUUUUAAGCCGUACAUAGAAAUGUAUGAAAAGCGGAUAAUUUUCACUGUCAGGUUGUGACACUGAUAACUUACAUAUCAAGACUACAAUAGGAAGAUGUCGAUGAUAAUUUAUUUUCAUUUUUUUUUUAAUGACAAUUUUUUUUUAUUGAUGGAAAAAUAAUUUUAGUAUUAAAUCAAACUGUGUUCUU